AUGCCCGUCCGCACCGCCGUCACGCUCAAUGUGUACGACCUCGUGGAGGCCAACGAGUACAUUGCGCCGCUCGGUCUCGGCAUCUUCCACAGUGGCGUCGAAAUCGCCGGAAAGGAGUUCUCGUACGCGAGCGGCUCUGGCGUCUUCUCGGCGAGUCCGCGUCAAGCGCCUGGCGCCAAGUUUCGAGAGUCAAUUGACAUGGGGUUCUUCGAAGGAAGCUUCCAGGAGGCCCAUCGACUGGCCUAUUCUCUAAGCUCGUACUAUACAGGAGACGCCUACAAUCUACUCACCAGAAACUGCAACACGUACGCAGAUGAAGUCUGCCAAGUGCUGCUAGGAAAGCCUAUCCCUGCCUACGUCAAUCGCAUGGCCUACCUUGGCUCGUUUCUUAGCUGCCUCGUACCGGCGACGGUGACAGAUCGUGCACCAGUGGGCGACGAUCCCAGCGCGUCCUCGCGCAUCACGAACGGAACCCCCCAGCGUGUCUACACUCCAUUUACCGGGUCUGGUCAAAGUGUCGGCGGCAAUAAGGAUACACCAUCAUCGUCGGAGUCAUCGGCGCUGGCCGACCGACGCGAGAAAGUUCGCUUGGCGGCUCUUCGGCGGUCUGAACAAGGACAGUAG